AUGCAUCGAUCUUUUUCUCUUUUUCGCGUUUUGGAGCUUUCAAAAACAAAAAUUGAAUGCAUCUUUGAAUUGGGUGAAUAUAUUUAUGUUUCAAACAGCAAUGGCGAUUUGGAUAGGUACAAGAUCCACCAUGGAAAUGAUAAUUUAAACGAUGACUUUGUUAUGGAGCAUGUUGAGUUUUAUCCUACCUUUACGAAAAAACCAAUAACAAAGGUGAUCCGUGAUGCCUCGAAAGACAUUUUCUACGCGCUAUCUGAUUCCUCCAUACAUGUGUAUAAAAUAUCAACGUUUCAGAAGCUUCUAAGUGUUGGUAGUCAUUGCCAAAACAUGUGUUUAUACGGAAAUGAUCAAAUUAUUUUGGCAGAGAGAAAGCAGCUGAAUAUAUAUAAAUGGCAAGGAUCCGAUCAUCUUGUUCAUGACAAAUCAAUCUCCCUUAAUGAUCGAGCCCGUUCUCUAACAUGGAUGUCAUCAACUAUGAUCCUUGUGUCUUUUUCAAAUGAGUUUGUUGCAGUGAACGUCGAAACAUCUCAGUCCUCGUCUUUAAAUCUUCCUUGGCAGCCAUCCUCUUCUUUGGGACUCGGCAUGAGUUAUAUAGGAAUGUCUAUGAAGCUAAAUCGCUUACACAUAACAAGAAUUUCGGACGAAGAAGUUUUACUAUCAAGAGAUACGCAAGGCUUCCUUGUUAAUCUUAAAUCUUUACAUGUUGCAAGAAAGCCAUUAGUCUGGCCUACUAGUCCUCAAGCUGUUAUAUACAAUUCACCUUAUUUAAUAUCUCUCCAUUCUCAAUACAUUUACGUUUGGAAUAAGGACACUCAUGCUCUGAUACAACAAAUUGGUAUUAGUAACAUAUCCUCUACUUUUUCUUGCGAAGAAAAUACCUUUUUUACCUCAAGUUCUUAUGUUUGGAUCCUUAUUCCAGAAGAUUUUAGCUGUCAAGUAGAAUCAUUGUUGCAGUCAAAUCAACUUGAUGAAGCGAUAAGUGUCUUAGACCAAAUUAACGAUGCGAAAUUUCCAAAACGUGAUUACUACCUUCGUAUGACGAAACGAGAAAAAGCUUCUCGUUCCUUUUCCUCCGGUGACUAUGAAACCGCUAUGAAACUAUUUACUGAAAUAUGUGAAUCUCCCUCUUUUGUAUUGAGGCUUUUUCCCAAGCUCGUGGAAAAUGAUUAUUCUGAUGCUAUCAGUAUCCUGUCUUCCGGACCUUCUCCUUCAGAUCCGUCCAUGGUUGGAUCUCCCCAAAGAAGCAUACAGCCAACCUCAAAAGCCGACUCUCAGGAACAGGAUGAUGGAAAAUCUCUAGUGUUUAACAAUAAACGGUUACGUAGUUUAAGUACUUAUUUAACUGAUUCUAGAAGGAAAGCCAAUCUCUUCUUAAGUUGGGAUGAAAAAACUUACCAUUCAUAUCAAAAAGAUCUCUUUCGUAACGAAGAUGGCAGUAUAAUAUCGAAAAAGGAUUUGGAGAAUAUUGCUAUUGAAGUUGACACUACUCUUUUUCUAACGUAUAUGGUUUCUACGCCGGCCCUUGUAGGGUCUUUGUUGCGUUUACCUAAUCAUUGUGAAACUUCAGUUGUAGAAGCAAAUUUGACUUCGGCUGGUAUGUUUCGCGAGUUAAUAGAUUAUUAUUUUAGUAAAGGGUAUCAUGACGAUGCUUUGAAACUGUUGACGAAGUUAAACGAAGAGGGAACUUCUUUAUCCGCUCCUAAAGCUCAAGAAGAAACCUCUCAGUAUGAUGAUAUUCUUAAUUACCUUCAAAAGUUACGUCCCGAUGAAAAAAAAAUUAUCUUUGAGUAUGCCAGAAUUCCCUUAGGCAGCGUUCCCAAAGCCUCGGUGCAGUUAUUCCUUAAUGAUACAAGUGGAAGCAGCACCAUAGCUCAUGAUGAAGUUUUGAACUACCUUGAAACCGUAUCUUCUGAAGUAUCCAUCAUAUAUCUACAGGAACUAAUUGCUUCUGCGAAAACAACUCUUGAAUAUUUCUGGACCCGCCUUGGUCAACUAUAUUUGCGUCGGAUUUAUGAGUUAGAAAGAGAGAGCAACUAUGAACAAUCAUCAGUGGUCUUUGAUGCAGUAUUAAAAGAUCUUAUUCAACACUUAAAUGAAUCAAAGUCAUAUGAUGCGAAUGCAAUUCUUAACGAAAUCGACUCUGAUAACUCCCAUCUGUUUGAAGCGUCGGUAAUCCUUUAUCGACGUUUAUCAAAACAUAGAGAUGCAUUGAAUGUAUAUCUAGAUAAAAUGAAGGAUUGGAAGGGAGCGAACGGCUAUUGUGAUUCUGUCUAUAUGGAUACUGGAGAGACCGAGCCUUACUAUAUGUACCUUACAGAUCUUGUGAAUGAACGGCCAGAAGACAUAAUCUCAUUUAUAACAAAGUAUAGCUCUCGGUUGAAGAUAAAAAGAAUCUUUCCGUUGCUACCCAAAAAUUCCAGCAUGAAAACAUACCGGACAUUUCUGUCUUCCCAAUUUCGGCAACUCUACGAGGAAGAAAAUAAUAAGGAAUUACAAUCAAGGCUGUAUCAAAAGAGGAUUAAUGACCUAAAUGCAGAGCUGGCCCGCAUUCGUUCAGAAAAGGUGGUUAUAACAAGAGAGAAGACUUGUUUACAUUGCCACAAGCGAUUAGGAAAAAGCGUGAUUUCUAUAUUUCCAGAUGGUUCUGUCGUACACUAUGGUUGUGCAAAGAAAUAUUUGGCCCAAAGAAAUCUUCCCUACGAAGCAUAUUAA